UUGAAUCGGAUUUUCCAACACAGCAAUGUUCACAGUCAUUAUGCUGGUAGUGAGGUCACUCAGUUCAGGUUUGUUCCAGCAGUACCAGCCCUGGACGUUUCGUUCAACGUCCGUUUGCGAUCCACUGUAUCGGUUGAUGUACUCGAUUUACUUUCAAUUAUGCGCAACUAUCUGAGUGCUCGAGGUUUUGACGGCAAUACCAUCGAUAUUCGAAGCAUCAGUCUUGAGCCGAGUCAACGUUGA